UAAAAUGAAUUUCACUCGCACCAAACCGUCAGUGGCAAAAGAGUAACAUGUGUGAUGUCAACGAUUUCUUUUGUGAGUCGAACUACAACAAUCUCCGCAUUCUGUUAACUAUUUGUGGUGUGUGGCCCUUUCAAGAGCUACGUAAACGUUGCGCGAUGUACGUCGGAUUUACGUUUCUAUUCGUAUCCGUGAUGAUAUUCGAGCUACUGUGUUUGUUCAAAGUCUGGCCUGAUUUUUUCGAAGUGUUCGACUGUCUUUCGAUGCUAUUUUACUCCAUAACGUCAACGUUUAAAUUCAUCUACACAAUUUAUAAAUUACCUAAGAUCAAGAUGCUUCUGGUGAAAAUACAAGAGCAUUGGUGUUCUCCGAAGACGGACCAGGAAACUAAAAUCUUGCGUUCGUACUUACUGUUUGCGCGAAAGUUUAGCUACAUUUAUGCAGGUACUAUAGUUGGCCAUGCCGUGAUUUUCGCACUCACGCCUUUGAUAACCAGAUUUUUCUACGAAACAUCCUUCGGAACGAUCGACGCGUCAAAUCAGACGCAGGAGGCACAAUCUACCUAUCGCAUCAACUAUAUGCUUGAUUUACAAAUGCGCUACAUCCCACUUCUCAUACAAUGCUCCAUAUGCGAGGUGUAUUACACGAUAUUAUUGACUGCGUUCAACGUCUUGUAUUUGGCGUGCGUUCAACAUUGCUGUGGAUUGUUUGCAGCUCUGAGGUAUCGUUUGGAAAGAGCCCUUGAAUUUGAAGACAAUGGCAUUGAUAACAUUUUAAUAACGGCAUUCGCGCGGAAUAAAUGUUAUUCGAAUAUCGUGUAUAGCGUUCGAAGGCACACAGAAGCGAUACAAUUCGCCACUGCCAUAGAAUCACUCUACAGAUUCCCAUUUUUCAUACACAUGGUAACUAAUGGGUCAUUGUUAAGUAUCGUAGGAUUUCAGCUAAUGACAAAUAAGGAAAACAUCAAUCGUCUUUUGCCAUACGCUAGUUAUCUCAACGCGCUUAUGCUUAAUACGUUUUUUGAAAAUUGGCAAGGUCAGAAGAUCAUAGACUGCAACGAAAAGGUGCAUGAAUCCGCAUACAAAUUACAAUGGUAUAGAAUGCCUGUAGUAUCGCAAAAGCUUUUGAUAAUGAUCAUGAUGAGAAGCAAAAAGCCACUGACGAUAACUGCAGGGAAACUUAUCGUGUUGUGCUAUGUAACCUUUAACGCGGUAAUGCGUACAGCUUUCUCAUAUUUUACGCUUCUACGGUCUGUGCAAUAAAAAUGUAAUCGUGAUAGACAAUUUAGGAGACAUGUUAGCGGCCAACAUGAUUUAAUAAUUCAUUCAUUCAUUAGAACAUAUGUAUCUUAUUA